AUGAAUUGUUGCCAAAAUGAUGGAUCUUAAGGAGAGCUCAAUUAGUGCCACAUUUAGCACCGGUAGUUGUGGUGCGGUUUCUGUCGCCAAUUUAGAUGCAAAUCAGCGCCAAAAUGUAUGUAAUAGUAGUGCCACUCAAUUAAACACAUCCACCGCUACUCCUGUGAUAUCACUCUUCAAACUCAAGAAUUUUUUAUAUCAACCAAAAUUCAAAACUCUUAUGACUUCUGAUGGUGCGAACCCCACCAAUCAUGUAGAUGAAGGCCGUUCCGGAUCGGGCGGCUUAGACUCAUCGCCAUCACUGCACCACAACUUGUAUGCCAGUCAUACCAGUGCCGGCCAUCGCACCGCCAACAACAACAGUCGCCCACAAUCACCGAAUGGACAACAAAUGCUUGUUGUGCCGCAACCUCUCAAAUCAUCCAAUACUCUAUCCACCGGACCCACAACCAACGGCACCGGCAGAAAGUACCAGUGCAAAAUGUGCCCUCAGG